GCGGGAGAACACGACUGCCACCGCUUUUGGCGGCGGCUCCAGCCAGGAGGAAGUUACAGCUCCUCUUCACUCGGUGGAUGCGGAGGGCACCGCGGACUUCUGUGGAGGAGAGACUUCCCGAUAACUCAGAAUGUCAGCCAGAGACGCGCUGCGGCGCCAUAAAACGGCCAUCCAGGCGUCCCUGUGUGGAGACUACAGGCUGAUCCUCAACAAAGUUCUGGAGAAGGACCUGAUCACUGCACGCGAGUACACCAACCUCAAGAGCAUCAACCAGGUAGACGUGGAGGGGCACGUCGUCGAGCUUGUGGACAAGCUCAUGAACAAAAGCGAGGACACGUGCCAACAGUUCCUGAACCUCCUGCAAACCGACGAGGACAUUGGCACGACCUACCCCGAGCUGAGGAGCAUGCAGCUGAGCGACGCCUGUCCUCUACCUGAGCCUGUCCAAGAGUGUGCACUGGAUCUUCUGUCACCAGAGAGCAAGAGGCCGAGGAAGGAGGACCACUACCGGAUGGAUAGCCAGCCUGUCGGCCUCUGUGUGAUCAUAAACAACGAGAAUUUCGUGAACGGCGAAGUGCGAAGGGGAACCAACAAAGAUGCUCAAUGUUUGGCCGAGGUGUUCAGCUGGCUGCGCUUCAGAGUGCUGAUGUGCAAAGACCAAACCCAGGACCAGAUGGAGCGGACACUGGAUUGCUUUGCUUCUCUGAGCGACCACUCUCAGCCGCAGGAGUUCGAUGUGAAGGAGUGGCUCGGUGCCGGAUUCGGUGACCCUCAGCAGGCUCCACGGCACGGAGAUGCCUUCAUCUGCUGUAUUCUGAGCCACGGAGCAAGGGGCGUAGUCUUCGGGACGGAUUGGAAGCCACUCGCCAUCAACCAGAUAACUAGAACAUUCAAGACGACCGACCAGUCAGCCCUCGUCGGCAAGCCUAAAGUGUUCCUGAUCCAGGCCUGCCAGGGAGGGACGCUACAGCGUGGAGUGUUCUUAAAAGAUCUGGAGUCGGAUGAUGCAUUCAUCCCUGAAGCAGCAGACAUUCUGGUUGCUAUUGCCACUGUUAAAGAUCACGCGUCAGUUAGACACCGAAUAGAUGGGACCUGGUUCGUCCAAUCGGUGUGUCAGCAGCUAAAGGAGGGCUGUCCAAGACGUGAAGAUAUCAUCACCAUCCUCCACCGUGUGAAUGAUGACGUGAGCAAGAAGGAGGGCUCCGGGCAACCUGGCGCAGUAAAGCAGAUGCCUGAAGUCAGGUUCACCCUGAGGAAGACACUUGUGUUGUCCCCACAUGUCCCCUAAAGCUUUACCUCCAGCAUCCAUGCAACAAAAAGAAUACUUAAUGUCUUAAUUGUGUAUAUGUUAUUAACUCAGGGGAAGGUUUUUUUAAAAUGUACUCUUCAUGUAUCAUUUGUGUGUCUAAAUCUUGAUUUCAAUCUUUUAAAUCAUCACAAUGAGUCGUUGUAUCACAGAAUAAAGUUAGCAGCAUACAGAUUA